GAUCCAGCUUUACAGAAGGAAUCCAGGACUCAGAUGCCCGUUCCAGCUGCAACUCCAGCCUCAGCAUCAUCCUCAUCAUCCUCAUCCUCAUCCAAAUUUCACCGAGCUCGCUCAGGGGGAGCCAGAGAUGAACGCUACCGAUCUGAUAUCCACACAGAAGCCGUUCAAGCAGCGCUGGCAAAACACAAAGAGCAGAAGAUGGCCCUGCCCAUGCCGACGAAGCGGCGCUCGACGUUUGUUCAGUCCCCGGCCGAUGCCUGCACUCCCCCAGACACGUCUUCCGCAUCCGAGGAUGAGGGGUCGCUAAGGCGCCAAGCUGCUCUUUCUGCUGCAUUGCAUCAGAGCUUACAGAAUGCUGAGUCUUGGAUCAACCGAUCUAUUCAGGGGUCAUCCACAUCUUCAUCAGCAUCUUCUACACUUUCCCAUGGAGAAGGCAAAGGGACCAGUGGGUCACUAGCUGAUGUAUUUGCCAAUACUCGAAUAGAGAAUUUCUCAGUUCCCCCAGACGUCACAGCAACUACCUCCUCCUCCUCCUCCUCCUCCUCAGCACGCCCUGCAGCCAUCGACCUCCCUCCUUCGGGGAUCGUGAAGGGCAUGCACAAGGGAUCGAACCGCUCCAGCCUGAUGGACACUGCUGAUGGUGUUCCUGUGAGCAGUAGAGUCUCCACGAAAAUUCAGCAGUUGCUUAACACCUUGAAAAGACCCAAAAGGCCGCCCCUGAAAGAAUUUUUUGUGGAUGAUUUUGAAGAAAUUGUGGAAGUCCCGCAGCCUGACCCGAAUCAGCCCAAGCCGGAGGGACGCCAGAUGACACCUGUGAAGGGGGAGCCCCUGGGAGUUGUCUGUAACUGGCCUCCUGCCUUAGAAGCAGCGCUGCAGCGCUGGGGAACCACGCAAGCAAAAUGUCCCUGUCUGACAGCACUGGAUGUUACAGGAAAACCAGUUUACACCCUCACGUACGGCAAAUUGUGGAGCAGAAGUCUCAAGCUGGCCUACACACUGCUUAAUAAACUGGGGACCAAAAAUGAGCCCGUGUUAAAACCUGGAGAUAGGGUAGCCCUUGUUUAUCCCAACAACGACCCCGUCAUGUUUAUGGUGGCAUUUUACGGCUGUCUCCUAGCAGAAGUCAUACCAGUGCCUAUAGAGGUACCUCUUACCAGAAAGGACGCUGGUGGUCAGCAGAUUGGUUUUCUGCUGGGAAGCUGUGGGAUUGCUCUGGCCCUCACCACUGAAGUUUGUCUGAAAGGGCUUCCAAAAACCCAAAACGGAGAAAUUGUGCAGUUUAAAGGUUGGCCCAGACUCAAAUGGGUUGUGACAGAUUCAAAAUAUCUCUCCAAAUCUCCUAAGGACUGGCAGCCCAACAUCUCAGCUGCAGGAACUGAGCCAGCAUAUAUUGAGUACAAGACGAGCAAAGAGGGCAGCGUGAUGGGUGUCACGGUGUCGCGGAUUGCCAUGCUGUCUCACUGCCAAGCCUUGUCUCAGGCCUGCAACUACUCUGAAGGUGAAACGAUAGUGAAUGUUUUGGAUUUUAAGAAGGAUGCAGGCUUGUGGCAUGGCAUUCUAACGAAUGUAAUGAACAAACUGCACACUAUCAGUGUGCCCUAUUCUGUGAUGAAAACCUGUCCGCUCUCAUGGGUGCAGAGAGUUCACGCCCACAAAGCAAAAGUUGCUUUAGUCAAGUGUCGAGACUUGCACUGGGCCAUGAUGGCCCAUCGAGACCAAAGAGACGUCAGUUUGAGUUCUCUGCGCAUGCUGAUUGUAACCGACGGUGCAAAUCCUUGGUCUGUUUCCUCAUGUGAUGCCUUCCUGAGCUUGUUUCAGAGCCAUGGGCUGAAACCAGAAGCAAUCUGUCCAUGUGCCACAUCUCCAGAAGCGAUGACUAUUGCAAUACGGAGGCCUGGGGUCCCUGGGGCGCCUUUGCCGGGAAGAGCCAUCCUGUCCAUGAACGGGCUGAGUUUUGGAGUGAUUCGUGUCAACACUGAAGAUAAAAACUCUGCUCUCACGGUCCAGGAUGUUGGCCAUGUGAUGCCAGGAGGAAUGAUGUGCAUUGUGAAACCUGAUGGGCCACCUCAGCUCUGCAAAACAGAUGAGAUCGGUGAGAUCUGCGUUAGCUCCAGAGCAGGAGGAAUGAUGUAUUAUGGGCUGGCAGGGGUGACAAAGAAUACAUUUGAGGUGAUCCCUGUGAACGCGACUGGCUCUCCGGUGGGUGAUGUGCCGUUUGUCCGUUCCGGCUUGCUGGGGUUUGUUGGACCGGGCAGUUUGGUGUUUGUGGUUGGAAAAAUGGAUGGGCUGCUGACGGUGAGCGGCCGCAGACACAACGCCGAUGACAUCGUAGCAACUGGAUUGGCAGUAGAGUCCAUAAAAACAGUUUACAGAGGAAGGAUUGCUGUGUUCUCAGUGUCUGUCUUCUAUGACGAGAGGAUCGUGGUGGUUGCAGAGCAGAGGCCAGAUGCGUCUGAAGAGGACAGUUUUCAGUGGAUGAGUCGUGUGCUGCAGGCAAUCGACAGCAUUCACCAAGUGGGUGUAUAUUGCCUUGCUCUUGUGCCAGCCAAUACAUUGCCAAAAACUCCGCUGGGAGGGAUCCACAUCUCUCAAACCAAACAGCACUUUCUGGAGGGCUCUCUGCAUCCGUGCAACAUCCUCAUGUGCCCGCACACGUGUGUGACGAACUUGCCAAAACCCAGGCAGAAACAGCCAGGCGUUGGCCCUGCCUCUGUGAUGGUGGGGAACCUGGUUGCUGGGAAGCGUAUUGCUCAGGCCUCUGGAAGAGAUCUUGGUCAAAUAGAAGACAACGAUUUAGUUAAAAAGCACCAGUUCCUGACAGAGGUGUUGCAGUGGAGAGCUCAAGCAACUCCUGACCACCCACUCUUCCUUCUAUUGAAUGCCAAGGGAACCACUGUGUGCACAGCCACCUGCCUUCAGUUGCACAAAAAAGCUGAGAGAAUUGCAUCAGUUCUGUGUGACAAAGGACAUCUCAAUGCAGGAGACAAUGUGGUGCUUCUUUAUCCUCCUGGCAUUGAGCUGAUCACCGCGUUCUAUGGCUGUCUGUACGCUGGCUGCAUCCCCGUGACCGUGAGACCUCCUCAUGCUCAGAGCCUCACCGCUACUCUGCCCACUGUGCGAAUGAUCGUGGAAGUCAGCAAAGCUGCCUGUAUCCUCACAACCCAGACCUUAAUGAGACUACUGAAAUCCAGAGAGGCAGCUGCUGCUGUCGACGUGAAAACCUGGCCAACCAUCAUUGACACAGAUGACUUGCCCAGGAAGCGGCUGUCUCAGAUCUACAAGCCACCUACGCCUGAGAUGUUAGCAUAUCUAGAUUUUAGUGUUUCCACAACGGGCAUGCUCACAGGAGUAAAGAUGUCCCACGCAGCAGUGAGCGGCCUUUGCAGGGCAAUCAAGCUUCAGUGUGAGCUCUACUCCUCCCGGCAGAUCGCGAUUUGUCUGGACCCCUACUGUGGAUUAGGUUUUGUGCUCUGGUGCCUUUGCAGUGUGUAUUCUGGACACCAGUCAAUUUUAAUUCCUCCUAUGGAGCUGGAAUCCAAUCUUUUUCUCUGGUUAUCUACUGUCAGCCAGUAUAAAAUAAGGGACACUUUCUGUUCCUAUUCAGUCAUGGAACUGUGCACAAAGGGACUUGGAAACCAAGUUGAAAUGUUAAAGGCACGAGGAAUUAAUCUGUCCUGCGUCCGGACUUGCGUGGUAGUUGCAGAGGAACGGCCGCGAGUUUCCCUCACCCAUUCCUUCUCCAAACUCUUCAAAGACAUCGGCCUCUCCUCUCGUGCUGUAAGCACCACCUUCGGGUCAAGAGUCAACGUCGCCAUCUGUUUACAGGGAACAUCUGGACCCGAUCCCACCACGGUGUAUGUGGAUCUGAAGUCCUUGAGACAUGACAGGGUCCGUCUCGUGGAAAGGGGAGCUCCUCAAAGCCUGCUGCUUUCCGAGUCUGGGAAGAUUUUACCUGGAGUCAAAGUAGUCAUCGUGAAUCCCGAGACAAAAGGGCCUCUGGGAGAUUCUCAUCUCGGGGAGAUCUGGGUGAACAGCCCGCACACGGCCAGUGGCUACUACACCAUCUACGACAACGAAACCCUCCAAGCGGAUCAUUUCAACACGCGCCUGAGCUUCGGCGAUGCCGCUCAGACGCUCUGGGCUCGGACCGGGUACCUCGGUUUUGUUCGGCGGACGGAGCUCACAGCUGCCAGCGGAGAGCGCCACGAUGCACUGUACGUUGUUGGAGCACUGGAUGAAACUUUGGAACUGAGGGGACUGCGGUACCAUCCAAUUGAUAUUGAGACUUCUGUAUCUCGGACACACAGAAGCAUUGCUGAAUGCGCUGUAUUCACGUGGACCAACUUGCUGGUGGUGGUGGUGGAGCUGUGUGGCUGCGAGCAGGAAGCCCUGGAUUUGGUUCCUCUGGUUACAAACGUGGUCCUGGAGGAACAUUACCUGAUCGUGGGGGUGGUGGUGGUGGUGGAUCCCGGAGUUAUUCCCAUCAAUUCCAGAGGAGAGAAACAACGAAUGCAUCUCCGCGACAGUUUUCUGGCCGACCAGUUGGACCCCAUCUACGUCGCCUAUAACAUGUGACGUGUAUGGGGGAGGCGACGCUCAGAAACUCUGCGGGACCACCGAACGAGCCCGGGUGGUUGUAGAAACCAAGCUGGUGAAAAUUACUAAUACUUGAUCUAAAGUUGGAGAUUGCUGCCAUAUUCCCUUCAUCUCAUCCUGCGGUGGUACGGUGGCGUUAACUACCGACGGACCAAAGGAAAUGUGGUAGACGAUGGAAAACGUUUGUACCGGUUUACUGAAAUAUUAGCUUUAUAGAAAACGCAAAGUUGACAAGUGUGUGAGCUACAAAAUUCCUAAGGCCUUUACAGUAGUGUUACUUUUUUCAUCUGUUGUACAUAUUUGUAUUUUUAUCUAAUACCGUUUUAGGAUUCUAUAAGG